UGCGGAUCGUCGCGGUGAACCGAAAGUGGAGGGGGUAACAAAGAUUCCAUUGCGUCUCUUCUUCCGUUUCGUCGCCUGUUGCUGUCGCAGGAUGACCUGAGAAUAAUAUGGCUUGACUGCAUGACGAGACGUGACAAACUUAAGUUAAUUUGGCAGUUUGACAGUGCAGUUGCAGUAGUGGAGGACAUUCGACGUCUUCGUCUUAAUCACUGAGUACAGAACACAGCAGUAUCUGCAUCCGCAUACCCCUCGCAUCCAGCAGGACUUCCUCAUGGCGGCUCACGCUCAGCAACAGUCCGGCAUGCACUUGCUCCUCAUGUCCGAGCAGACUGUCCCCCGGACGGUCUUCGAGAGGGAGAGGGCGCUCCAUCUCGAUCUGCUCCAAACGGCGGACGAGCGACUUGCGUUCCGGGGACUCCUCCACCUAACUACCACCAGCAGCAACAGCAAUACUCCAGCAGUGGGGCUUUUGUUGAAAGUCUACGUGGCUACGUGCCCGCUCAUAGUCCACGUCAAGAUGACCUGCGGCAACUAUGGGUCCAGCCAACUCCCAGAGCCUGCUCAGCCCACGCAGCCUGACCAGCCCACGCCACCUCUAGCGACAGAGGCUCACGUCCUCGUCCUGGCGAGCAAGUACUUCCCCGAUGUGGUGUCACGACUCCCCCUGCGCAGAGCCUUCGCCAAGGUGACCCUCACAUUCACGGUGUACGCCCUCUGGACGCCGCCAGCGGCGGGUGCCGGCCUCCACCUGAACCGCGCCCGCCUGCAGGGCAGCCACUGCGACGUGAAGCUGGUGGUGGAGGGCGUGGGGCUGGACGCCCACCGCGCGGUGCUGGCCGCGCGCAGCCCCGUGCUGGACGCGAUGCUCUCGGGCGACAACUUCAAGGAGGCCCGCGAGGGCCGAGUCGACCUCGUCGACUUUUCCAUCGGAGCGGUGAAAAAGUUCCUUGAGUACGUUUACACGAACGAAGUUAAUGACUGGGACGAUGAUGAGCUGGAAAUAUUGCAGCUCGCUGACAAAUAUGAGGUGCCCGACCUGGUGACCGAGUGCUCCCAGAGGUUAUGGAAGUCCGGGGCCCUCCAGGCCCUGAGAGUGCUGUGGGCCGAGGCGGACGCCCACUGCCAGGUUAUCGACGGUGCACUGCGGCAGCGUCUAACGACAACCGUGGUUGACAAUUUGAAAGACCUGGAUAACUCGUGGACGUGGAUCGAGUUCAGAGCCACCCAUCCGUUUCUCGCUGACAUCAUCCUCGGUUCGGCUGCCGCCACUCGAGCACCCAGUACGACCUCCUGCGUGUGGACACCGCAGUGAUGAUGGACUCGACGAGACCUCCUGGUCAUUCCCCAUGCGUAAACUUUGUGGACUUACCUUGCUGUAUGUUCUCUGUGUGAGUGUUGUCCUGUAAGUUGAGUUCUUUUUCUGUGCUGUCCUAAACCAUGCAACCUGUGUCGUUUCUUUCAUUUGGGUAUGCUUUAUCGCAUGCAGACUUGCGGGCGGGUUUGCCUUCGCGAGGGGCCAUAAGGCGGAAUGAUAGGCAAACCCACCCACAGCCUGUAUCUUGCAUGCGGUGCAGCACACUCAAAAGGAAAAAUUAAUGAAGAUGGCGCUAGCCAUCUACCUACCUUGUAUAAUAUCACUGAUUGAGGACCUGAUUUAUUGUUAAGUAUCAGUCAGUUUUUAUCAGUAUUUAUCAGUCAGUACUACUUCUAUUUUUUAGACCUUUGAUUUGUUUAUUAGGUAUUCAGUGUACACUUUGCGUGUUUAAUCAAAGGCUUUCAAGGUAGCUGGGUUGCAUAUUUGUCACACCUGCCUUAGCCUUUUCUUUUUACACGCGCCAAUAGAUGUGUUUAGUGACCACGGUGGUAGUGACUUGAAACAAUCUUGUUGCCAACCCAGUGGGCGCUAACGAUUCCAUACGUUCGUCCUGCAUGAUGUUGUUUUAAAAUGUGAUUUCUUUUUGCGGUUGUAUCAGACAGUUAUUAAAAAAGUGUUUUUGAGCAAAUCUUAAUUACUUAAUUGCUCAUCAAACUUGUCGCUCUCCCAAUA